AUGGCUGAUGUGCAGCAGCCGCGCUCUUCCCAAUCGCAUAUUCCUGUCUUUACGCCUCGCAAGCCCCUCCCGAGCACGCUGUCGACCCCUCAUCUCGGUCUCGUACCCCCAUCCCGACACCUCUCUGUGAGUGGUAGUCCUACUCACCCGAGUCCUGGCUCGACCUCGUCAAGCACGAGUGGCGGUCUGACGCCUUUCCGUUCGUUUCGCAAUCUUUUUUCUACUACCGGAUCCAAACAGACUUCUGCCGGAUCCAAAAGCCCUUUUGGUGCUAUUCGACGGUCUAUUCAUGGCGAACGAAGCGUCUCUGCCCCGCAGCUGCGGAGAGAGAGCUCUUACGAGGACUCUCCAGUACUCGAAAUCGAACUUCCCCGCCCAGGGAUGGAGCCACUGAUUAAUAGCACGGACAUGUAUGGAAUUGGGUUGGGCAUGGGGACAAUGGAGAUGUCAUUGCCCCGAUUUUCACCUGCUGCCUCGUUUCGAGACGAUGCAUCUUCGCCAUCACCAUCAGCUGGUCCGACGGAUCUGUCCACCAUCAUAGAAGCGGAAAACUCUGGCAUCUCGAAACACAUACCAGUACUGGAUAGCUCCCAGGAGUUUGAGCCGCCACCGGAGAAUCUUCACGACCCCUCCCUAGGUAUAGACGCGAUGAAGCUUCACGCCGGCUCGUAUAGGCGAGUCGCUCCGGGUGGGUUUCACACGCCCCCUUCGCAUACGAGUUCCGAGCUCGACCUCUCAACGUCAAAGGUGACCACGGAGGUUAUGGCAGCUAUGUCCAAGACUGGUCCGCUGAAUGGUUGGCUUGAUGAUGUAGUGGUAGAUGUAGGGGAUGAAGACGCUCUAACCGCUCAUGGUGCUGCGGGCGAUCCGAAUGUCAGCUUUAACUUGGGUGCAUUGGAUCCAGACCUGGCUGCCCUCUUGAGCCCAAAUCGACUUCCCGGAAGCGAGCCUGCAUUGCUCAUGGCGAUAGAUACUGAUCCCUCGCCGACAUUGUCGAGCCAGCUCACGCCGCUUCUGCCUUCUCUUGCCUUGAAGGACGACUCUCCUCGACGCCCCACCUUGUCGGGCAGCACCCCCACCUCACGCGGUUCCUCUCCUAUUCGGCAAGGUGGCAAAGCGGCUUAUGUCUCGAAAGCUCCCAAUCUCCCCUCCACCGCCCUACCGCGUCUUGCGCGCUCUGUCUCCGACCGUCCUGCCCUCCCACGUCUGAUCGAUGCACCAUCCCCCCUCACCCACCGUGCGCUGUCUCAUAGCCCUGAGCGACCGUCCACGAGCGGAGUACAGCGCAGCUCACCGCGGGACCGCAUGGAUGACGACGACCACCUUGCUCGUAGGCCUCAUACUGGUACCGUACUGGAGGCCCGCAAGUCCACGGCAGCCAGAUUGUGGAACCCCACGCGGUCAGCAGGACAUCUCACUCCUGGGGGGCCGUCACGUCCGUCGUCACGUCAACUGAACAGAGGUUCUCCGCACGGCUGGGAAGGACCUCCAGCGUCUCCGACAUCACGUCCUUCAUCGUCCGCCGGGACUGGAUCGAGCAGCCGGCUGGCAUCAUCCCGCCCGAGUCUGGACAGCGUAACGGAUCGUCUGCAGCGGCCUGCAAGGAUUCGCAAUCGCGAGAGGAGCUCCAGCGUGGUAGAGACAGGAGUCUCAAGUUCAAAUCCGUCUUCACGUCCAGCAGCGGCAGAGUGGCUCGGACCACGAACAGCAAAGGCGUUUGCCGCCGCCGGAUUGCUUGAUUUUGACAGAGAGGUGAGCAGACGAACGCCGUCGCGGCUAGGCAUGACGCGGAGCAGCUUUGAUGACUCGCGUUCGCGAUAUACUCCGUCGCGUAUGGCAUUCUCGGAGGCGGGUUCAAGCUCAUCGUGGGGGCAGCGCAGUGGUAGCAUCUCGCGUGCGGGCAGUGUUUCGCGCACCAUUACAGAUACUGGUGGUGGAUUCACUGAGAGCGUAUCCGCUAGUACUCCGCGAACGGCGUUUUCUGGUGUGUCUACUGCGCCGACAUCGGUCUCGACAUCGUCUUCUGCGCAUCUGCAUUCUGAGCUGCAACUCCUACAGGAGAGGCACUCGGUGGAGACAGGAGCACUAUUAAGCGCACUUGCAGAUUCCCAGCGGACAACACGUGUGUUGCGGGAUGAGAAUACGCAAUUGCGUGAUAGGCUCCAAGGUGUGGAGGACCGCCUUGCAGCUGCAUUGGAAGAGAUUCGUCGACUACAGUUCUCUUCACCACCGCAAGCCACAAUCUCGAGAGUCAGCCACCGUAAGUUUACCACAGCUCCAACGGACACCAGCCAUCUGCGACGACCAUCUUUCUUUCGCCCCGAUCCCGAUCCCUCAUUUGAGCUACCAUCCUCUCCUGAACCUGCCAAUCCUGUACCCCGAACACCCACAGAAUCGGAUGCGUGCCUCGAUGGACGCCACAAACGCAUCAGCACAUCGUCAUCCCUCUUUCCUGGGCCGCCCAGCAAUAUGUCGAUGCUUAUGCAAGAAGAGAGCAUGUCCGUAGGGCAUGCUGGUGCACACUCAGAACGCGCGGGAUCGACAGGGUCUCCGACUCUAGUUCUUGGCAAAAUUAACAGCUCACGAUACGAGCACGAGCAAUCAGCGCCUUCUGUGGGGAAUAUCUCGCCAACAACAGCGAACUUUUCCAUGGCCACGGGCUCCCCAGGCAGCCUCCACCUACGCCCCGAGCAUGAGCUUCAUCUUGACGAUAUGCCUAGCUUGGACCUUGGAGCAGAAUUUGGCCACGACGACGGCUUCGACGACGAGUGCCCUUGA